AUGAUUGCAGCAGUUUUGGAAACCAGGCUGCUUUCUGCCAUUGCACGUGUGUGCACUAUUAAAGACUCAAGAGGCACCAGAAAUCAAGAUGUUUUGAAUUUCCAUACAGCUGAUGUGCAUAUUGGAAAAUAUGGGCAUGAGCUGGGCAAACUAGUCAUUUCCCUCUCCCCACUGGUAGUGGCUGUAGAAGUAGAGCCCAUUUUCAGACGAUGUUGGUUGGUUUUCAAGAAGGCUUCUAGCAAAGGACCCAGGAGGCUAGAAAAAUUUCCAGAUGAGAAGGCAGCAUACUUCAGGAACUUCCACAAGGUAACUGAGCUGCACAAUAUCAAAAACAUAACCAGAUUGCCUCGAGAGACCAAGAAGCAUGCAGUGGCAAUUAUCUUUCAUGAUGAGACGUCGAAGACAUUUGCGUGUGAGUCAGAACUAGAGGCUGAGGAGUGGUGCAAACAUCUCUGCAUGGAAUGUCUAGGAACCAGACUCAAUGAUAUAAGUCUUGGGGAACCUGACUUGCUUGCUGCUGGAGUCCAGAGAGAACAAAAUGAGCGAUUCAAUGUAUACCUUAUGCCUACACCAAAUCUAGACAUCUAUGGGGAAUGUACAAUGCAGAUCACUCAUGAAAACAUAUAUCUCUGGGACAUCCACAAUGCCAAGGUCAAGCUGGUCAUGUGGCCUCUGAGCUCUUUGAGGAGAUAUGGACGUGACUCAACGUGGUUCACAUUUGAGUCUGGAAGGAUGUGUGACACAGGAGAAGGGCUGUUCACCUUUCAGACAAGGGAAGGAGAGAUGAUAUAUCAGAAAGUUCAUUCUGCAACACUGGCAAUAGCAGAGCAACAUGAAAGAUUAAUGAUGGAGAUGGAGCAGAAAGCACGGCUCCAGACCAGUCUGUCUGAACCAAUGACAUUAUCCAAGUCAAUCUCCCUUCCUCGCAGUGCAUACUGGCAUCACAUCACCCGGCAGAACAGCGUUGGAGAAAUCUACAGUUUACAAGGCAAGCGUCUUAUAAAUAAAUGCAAUGUCCAUUAG